AUGUCGGUCAAUCCAAUUGCAACGACACUCAUGCCUCUGUCCCAAGCUGUUUCUUGGUACCUUGUCCUUAAUCAACCCCUUCUGCCUUCGCUUUCCAAAAUCUCGACCUUUUACUGUGCCUGGGCUCUCUACAAAAAAAUCGCCAAAGGCGAUCAGAAAGAGCUAGGUCACAUUAGUAUGGGUAUUCUGGCGGUGACUUCCUAUUCCGGCAAGCGGUAUGCUUCUCUAGCAGGCACGGUGCUCGUCUUGGCGAAUUUUCUUCUCCCGGCAUACUACGUCUUGUCAUGGAGCGUGGAGAAGGUGGCAGAGAAACUCAAAAAGGAUGUCACCAAUAAAACAAUCAAAUGGGCUUACAUCUUCAAGGCCUAUUUUGUAAGCAACCUGGCUCUGUGGGGAAUGGUGUGCUACAAACUUAGUCAGGGUGAACUUUUACCAGGAGAAGUUGUUGCGACAUGA